AUGAGCUUCGAAAACCUCACCAGCCGGACGGACCAAGGGCAAUGCACGCCCACGACCACCGACAUCAUCGCCCGCCGACCGCCGACCCUCCAACGCGACCAGGACCGGCCCAGCAUGCCUGGCAGCUCGUCGCCCGGGCCCAGCGGCGGGCUCGACUGCCCGGGCCCGUGUUUGGAAGGACACAAGCCGCAGCGUACGCGGGCGACGCAACGAGUAAAAGGCCAGCCAGCACAAAAGGGCGACGACGACGACGGCGCAGCGGUGACAUGUGUGCCUGAAAGCACCGAAUACAACCACCCGCACGAGGAUCAACGACGCGCCGUGACGCAUGCCGGGCAUGGCAUUCUCUCGGCUCCAGCUCUGGAAAUUCGCCUGCAGAGAGGGAGUCGUAGCAGGCGGCCGAUCGGCCCUGAAGAGGACUUGCCCAUGAGCACAAUCACCAUUGACGACGGUGCGGAGACGCUGACCACGAGCUCGACGACGACCACCGCCCGGGGCAGCAGUCUGGAGACGCCGACGCCGCCGCCGCCGACGUCGACUCAGACGGCACCACCCCCCAGAGCGGCCGACUCCGAAUCAGCAACCGGCUCGCUCGACAAGAUUGCGCUGGCCGGCAUAGUGGGCAGCGUCAUCUUCGCCUGCUUGCUCGUGAUCUUGCUGUGGGCUCUGGCGGCCAAGAAGCGACGCAAGCCCGCCGGCCCCGCGACGGCUGCCAACAGCGCGGCGGCAUUUGCGGAUGCGACGGAGGCGCAGGGUCAGCGGGGUCCCGGCCUCGAGUUCGCGGAACUGCCUCGAGCGACGAGCCCCACGGAGCUGGGGAGCCACGAGCACGGCGCAGAGGCCCCCCGCAAAGGCCGCGGUGGUGCUGCAUCCGCGCCGGCCGAGUUGCCCGGGGGGGGAGGGCCGCGUGUCGAGCGAGAGGCUGCGGCCGGGUGA